AUGGUUGGUAAGAAGCCAGAAAUGGAACUCAAUCACGUCGAAAACCAGACCAUUGAAACUUUUUCUUGUGUGAUUGAUUGUGCUGAUCNUUUGGAGUUACUCGCCGAACAAGAAAAUCAUUUUCAAAUUGCGAAUUUUUACAAAGCGAUCAAUCAAGUGCCGAGGAUCAAAAAUGUGGUUGUAGAAUUGAUUGAAACGGAGUUUUAUCACAGUGGUCGCAGAACUUUUCGAUCAGUAGAUAAAGAUGCCAUGGAGGACCCGAAAGUUUAUCUCGACACAAUGAUAAACAUUCGCAUGAAAUUGGCAAAGUUUAUGCAAGAUGAUUUAAAUAAUGAACUUGGACUGAAACAUAUUUUCGAUAAAGUUUGUCUGCAACUGAUGCGUACAAAUGUUCUGCAGCCAAUAGGAAAGAAAUUAUCUGAAUUGUUAUGUGAAUAUUGGGAUGUGCUGUUGAGAAAAGACAUUCGAACGCUAGAAAAAGUGAAUUUGACAGAAAAACUGAACGAAUCAACGAUAUUUUAUGAUUACAUCGAAGACAUCGAUACAUUUGAAAACCUAUAUCAAAAGCGAUUGAUGAAACGCUUGUUUCAACAUCUGAGCAUCUCACUUGAUCUUGAAUUACUUCUAAUAACAAAUUUACAGGAAAUCUGCGAACAUGAAUCAACGAAGAAAUUCAGACAAAUGUGCGAAGAUAUUUCCAACAGCGACAGACUGAAUAUUUACUAUGGAAAGUAUCCCGAAUCUGAAAAGAUUUUCGUAACGAUUCUCAGUGCAACAGUCUGGCCAUUUUCACCUCCAGAUGAAAUUCUUCUCCCACACGAAUUAAAAAUCAGCUACGAUCACUUUUCCAAGUGUUUUAUCAACUAUUCCAAACGAAAAGUUCUCAUUUUACUUCCUCAAUAUUCACAUGGCGAAUUGGAAGUUUGUUUUAACUCACUCAAAUACAUUUUCCAAGUUUCUCUCUAUCAAAUGCUUGUUCUAUUGUUAUUCAACAGCAACGCGACUAUCACGAUCAAACAAAUACAAACUGAAACAGAAAUGUCGCUUGAAAUUAUACACGACGUGCUCUGCGAUUUAUCGGAAAAGAAAAUCAUUGUUUGUGAUGAAUUCGAGAACUUAAACCGACGGAAAUCGUCCAUUCGUUUAACCAAAGAUUUUCAAAGCACGAAGAUGCACGUGAAAUUAUGCGUGCCGUUUAAUUGUUCUGAAGGAACGAAGAACAACGAUAAGAAAUUUGCGAUUCAGGCACUCAUCAUCCGAAUCAUGAAAACGAAAGGAACGUUAUUUAUUGAGUCAUUAAUUGAUGAAGUAAUGACCGAAAUGAAUCAACCGAAUGAAAAUAUUAUUCGAAAUUGUAUUGAUCGAUUGAUCGAACAGGAAUAUUUAGAACGCGAUUCAAGACGAAGUAACCUUCUACAUUAUUUAUUGUGA